AACAUUACGGUGCGUGCGCAAGCGACACUUCAUUGUUUUCGAGGCGGAAAUCUACCAGCUGGCUUGGGGAGACCUCCACUGCCGGCCCUUUAUGUGUGUUGAUCUGGAGUGCAAAUAGUGAACCCCGUGGGCCAGAUUGUCACCUUCCCACGACACAUACACUGCUGUAUUUGCUGAAAGCUGCUGCAUCGCCCAUGACAGCUUAUUUGCCUCACUGUGUUCUUCCCUCAUCUAAUAUUUCUAAACAUUCCUCAAUGCCGCCGAGCUGUAUCGGAUCCCACCAAUACCGUCACAGAAAGCUGUCCACUUAAAGCUUCCCACGCCUCGUGGCGGCGCAGCCCAAAGAGCAAAUCACUGAACCAAUGUCGGCAGCGGCACAUACACCAUCGGCUUGGUUUCCAUCAUGCCCGCUCCCUUGUCCUGGUAUGGCUGUAUCUUCCGCUCUUCUUGUCGCACGAACCGCUGUUGGACCUUAUGCAGCAUGCGCUGCAAGCGUGCCACAGCGGCUAAGGCGUGAACCCUCCGGAGUAUUUCCACCUAGCCGGUUCCAGACCGCACACCACCCGGCUUGCUUCGUGAAAGCAUAUACUCCUAUGGUAGAGGAGACCAAAGGCCGUGUCGGAAGAGGCAGUCGUUUCCCGACUCCUAUCCUGAGACAGACGACACCGAAUGCCGGUCGCGGGGAAGUAAUGGGCAGCGCGCGGGAUGUAGGAUUGCUUCGUGGGGUGAUUGGAGGCCGAGAUAGGACCAGGCGUUAGUCAUGGGCGAGUCGGCGAUAGAUGCGAGGAAGGAGGGUGACGACCAUCGCGGAUCGCGUUGGCGGUUAUGGCUGCGCCGCGCAAGUGCCAUGGGCGAUAAAAGGGUGAGGAUGGAAUCUGCUUU